CAGGACUGAAUGAGGAGCUGAGAUCUGAGAGAGUCAGGCAGGUUUCAUGAAAAAUGCUUUUGAAUAUUGGAAUUGCAUUAAAUUGAUCAGUAAUUUGGUAAGGAAAAAAAAAGAAAGAAAGAAAUCCGAGAACUCGAGCCUGCCUCCUCUGGCCAAGCUGGAGCUGUCCCUCCCAGCGCUCUUCCUCCUCCCCAGGGAAGAAGGGAGCUUGUCCGAGGGCACAGAGUCGCGGUGGGCUGGGCGAUCCUCUCCAGGAGCGUCCCUGCGCGGAGAAAGCCCACCUACUCCCGGGCCGGGGACACCGCCUGCGACCCACCGGGCGCACAGCGAUGGAGUCCUCCUGGCUCGAGAUGCGCUGGGCGCGGCCCUUGUACCUGGCCUUCGUGUUCUGCCUGGCCCUGGGGUUGCUUCAGGCCAUCAAGCUCUACUUGCGGAGGCUGCGGCUGCUGCGAGACCUGUGCCCUUUCCCCGCGCCCCCCACCCACUGGUUCUACGGGCACCAGAAGUUACUUCAGGAGGGUAAAAUGGAGAAAUUUGAGGAGCUUGUCGAAAAAUACCCUUGCGCCUUUCCUUGCUGGGUUGGGCCUUUUCAGGCACUUUUCUAUAUCUAUGACCCAGACUACGCAAAGAUAUUUCUGGGCAGAACAGAUCCCAAGUCCAAGUACCUGUACAAGUUCUUGAUUCCAUGUCCUGGAAAAGGACUUGUGAGUCUAGACGGACCCAAGUGGUCCCAGCACCGUGAACUACUAACUCCUGCGUUCAAUGUUAACAUCUUGAAAUCAUACGUUGAGGUGAUGGCCCAUUCUGUGAACACAAUGCUGGGUAAGUGGGAGAAGAUUUGCAGCUCUCAGGACACAGUGGUGGAGGUCGAUGAGCACAUCAACUUGAUGACCCUGGACAUACUUCUGAAAUGUGCUUUCAGCCGGGAGACCAACUGCCAGAUAAGCAGCACCCAUGAUCUUUAUGUUAAAACAAUGUUUGAAGCCAGAAAAAUCUUUUAUCGCUUACACAGCUUCUUACAUCACCAUGACAUCAUUUUCAAAUUCAGCCCUCAGGGCCAACGCUUACAAGAGAUGGUCAAAAUUCUACAACAGUACACAGAAAAGGUAAUCCAGGACAGAAAGAAAUUCCUCAAAGUUGAGAAGAAGCAUGGUAACACUCAGAAGCGGAAGUACCAGGAUUUUCUGGAUAUUAUCCUUUCUGCCCAGGCUGAAAAUGGCAACAGCUUCUCAGAUACUGACCUAAAGUCUGAGGUGAACACAUUCAUGUUGGCAGGGCAUGACACCAUGGCAGGGAGCAUUUCCUGGCUCCUCUACUUCCUGGCUCUGAACCCUGAGCAUCAGGAGAGAUGCCGGGAGGAGAUCAGGGGCAUCCUGGGGGACAGGUCUUCCAUCACCUGGGACCAGCUGGGUGAGAUGUCAUACACCACAAUGUGCAUCAAGGAGUCACUCCGACUGGCGCCUCCAGUCCCAUCUAUUUCCAGAGAGCUCAGCAAGCCCAUUACCUUCCCAGAUGGACGCUCCUUGCCUGCAGGAAUAACUGUGGUUCUCAGUAUUUGGGGCCUUCACCAUAAUCCUGCCAUCUGGGAAAAUCCAAAGGUCUUUGACCCCUUGAGGUUCUCCCAGGAGAAUUCUGAUCAGAGACACCCCUACUCCUUCUUACCAUUCUCAGCUGGACCAAGGAACUGUAUCGGGCAGCAUUUUGCCAUGAUUGAGCUAAAGGUGACCAUUGCCUUGAUUCUACUCCGCUUCAAGGUGGCUCCAGACCCCACCAGACCUCUUGUCUUCUUGUACCAGAUUGCCCUCAAAGCCAAGGACGGGGUCCACUUGCACCUAAAGAAACUCUCCUAAUGUUAUAGCCCAUGGUACAACAAUCCAUCCAUCCAUAUAUAGUUUUAAAGUUAAAUUACAGCUACUGGACCAAGAAAAUGAAGAGGAAUCAAAAUAUGGUGGGAGGGUUAGGGGUAGGUGGGAUGGGGGUCUCUGUGUAACUGCACAUUAUCUAAAACCAUUUCUAGGUGAUAUCCUGUGUCACCUAGAUCUGUUUCUGUAUGAUUUGGGGAGAUUUUCCAAUCAUUUCUGUUUGAUUCUGGCUGCUAUUAAUGCUAUAUACCAAGAAUUUUCCUAGGUGACUUCCAUAUAUUUUCUGUUGCUUUUUAAAAUAGUUUUUGGAAUUACACAAUAGGUGCAUGUAUGCUCACAGCAAAACAUAUCCAACAUUCGAAAAGCAUGUAGAGUAAAAAGUAAAAAUCCCACUUCAAAGACCGUACACCUCUCUGCCCUGACUGAUCCUACUCAUUUUCCGAAAAACAGAAUGGUUUGGUGUUCAUUCUUUCAGAACUUUUCCUAUACAUGUCAUAUAUACAUAUGUUGGUAUGUAUGUUUGUAUUCUUACAGAUGGGAUCAUAUCCAUAUUAUUCUUGCUUUUUUUCACUUAAUAAAAAACAUAUCUUAUUCCUAAUCAUGGAUUCAUAAUGUUCUAUAAUAUGGAUAUAUUACAAUUUAUUGAACUAUUUUCUUAUUAUUGGAUAUUUAAAAUGUUUGCUUCUUGGCCAUUUGUGACUCAUACAUCAUUUAUGCUUCUUUUCCUAUGGAGUUCUAUAUGAGUUCUUUAAUAUUGUGGAUAAUAGUCCUUGACUGUAACUUUUCUUUAUAAUUUCCCCAUUCUUUUACUUUUAUAAAACUGUAUGGUGUCUGUUAGCAUACAGGACUUCUAAAUUUUCAUGAAAUAAGAUAAA